GUGAAAGUUUAUAGCCUUUCGCUAAUUUCACUGCCCUACCUGUUGCUUAGCGUGACUUCUCCAUUCGUGGAGCUGAACCUCACGACCUCUGCUCUGCGACCAUUGAUCCUAGCUGGCGCACUGAACUCACGCCUUCUUCCAAACAACACAAUCGACCGCCCAACAUGGACGACGUGGAUGACGACCUAGACCUCAAGUAUCAUCGAGGCUUGAACCCCGAAGUCUAUUAUCGUUGUCCCAGUACAGAAUCACUUGACGGUGCCCUUCGCAACGAGCUGGCCAAGAAUGCAGCCAGUUUUAUCCCUACCGACAUUGUAACCGAAUUUGUCUUUGGACUUUCGUCAACCAUUACCAUUAGUGUUGCUCAGCAGCCAAAUCUUGACCUACUUUUCGAACCUGCCGACUAUCCCCAGAGCAUCACUGUGGAGCAUGCUCUUUGCCGCUCAGUUGAUAAUAAGGACCGUCUCAAGCUGCAAAGGGCAAUUGCUCGAUGUUUCAUUGAAGCCAUUGAGGCCAUAGAUGGGUUCAAAUACGCUGAGCGUAGCGCCUCCAAUAGAGAGGGCAAUGCAGGAUGUCGCUUCAGGUUCAUCUGUAGCUGUAGUUUGCAGAAUGAAAAGAGGCUUAACAGAAGAAAGAAAAAAGGUGGGGACAACGAAGAAGAACAUACUGGUGACUCCUCCCAAUCUCAUACGAAUUUCGACUGCGGAGGCGCAAUAAAUAUCAAUUUUUCAAGCAAGCGAGAGGCUGUGAACAUUGUGUACAAACAUAAUCCGAUCCAUGGUACAGUAGAGGCUCAUCAAGAAAGUCCCGUUCUUGAUACCAGCAACGGCAAUACUCUGCAAGAUGCUACCAACGGCGACUCAUCCAACAAGACGAAACCCUUGAAACGAAGUAGAAGCCGCAAGGGAAAGGAGAAGGCAGAUGCCGAUGUUGAAUUAGACGGGUUAACUAUAGAUUCAUCGACCCCAGAAGCAGCGCCAACCAAGAAACGACGCAAGAAAGCGACAGGUUCAUCAGCUGCAAGACAAACUUCGGCAGUAAAACAAACAAAAAAGGGCAACCAAUCAAGCUCUCCAUCGAAAACACGCAAAGGAAGACAAGUACGCGAACCUACACCGCCUCCAACUCAAAUCGUUAAAGGAAAAUGCCUGCGAUGCAAGGAAAGAGGUAUCAAAUGCAACGAAGCAAAGCCUACAUGCAAUCAAUGUCGUCGUGGUUUGUGGACAUGCCAAUACGAAACAACUGGACCCAAGAAGCGAUCAAAGAACGGGUGCAUCAACUGCAAAGCACGCAGACGAAAAUGUACGGAAGAACAUCCUUUCUGUGCUUACUGCCUGAAAAUGGAUGACGACUGUGUGUACCAAAACGAUGCAUGA